AUGCAGCGGAAGAGCAGCCUUCCCAGCGAAAAGAUUGCCGAGAAUCUGGAAGCCCAGCUCCGGCUCUACAAGAAGGCGGCCGAGCAGGACCUGGAGAAGCAGAUCAUGACUGGGAAGGACAAGGCGAAGGAGCCCGAGGGCAAGGCCGAGUCUGGCCGCACCGAAAGCCUCCCGCCGCCGCGAAAGAAGAUUAAGCCGACCACAGCGAAGGCAAAAGAUGCAGGCCGCAGGUCGAUCCCACCUGCAUCCAAGAUGAUCGAGGAUGUGAAGCAAGAGGAGGAGUCAGGAAAGGAGGAGGAUGAUGAAGAGUUGCAGGCCCGUGGCAAGCACGCAGCUCUCGAGUUGGAGGACGGCGACCCUGCUUCGGAGGAUUUGAGGGAUCUCGAGUCGGGGUCAGAUGAUGAUAGUGAAGAAGGUGAUGCUGAUGUCUUCGACAAGGAGUUUGCACUGCCGGCAGCAGCCGCAAACAGGUUUGAUGGCCUCCCGGAGAGGCUUCGCAAGCAGGCUGACGAAGUCUGCAAGGACGUCCUCGCGAGCAUCCCUGCCGACAUGUCGACGACUCUUGUCUUGGAUUAUCGAGCAAGGGAAGACUACAUGCACAUGCUUCGCAUCUUGCUCGCCGAAGAGAUCACGACUAUCGACACGAUGCUGUGUGUUGUGGCCGAGACAGAUGGAAAGCUAUCAGACAACUUGGGGGACUCUGCGAAGAUCUUCAAAAAGAUGUCGUUGAAGGGGAAAAGCUCCUUCAACAAGUGGGCGACCGGCUUCCCGGACUAUGUACUGUCGCUAGAGGACAAGAAGAAGAAAGAGGCCCCAUAA